UUAUUUGUAUUAAGGCUGUCUACGGGUCUGCCAAGCUAAGCCUCGCUUUAGUUUUAGUGUGAAUUACGUUUAGUUUUGAGCUAAUUAGUGUGGUUUAAAGCGCACAAAUUAGACUGAUAGUAUUCAUUUUCCCUUUAUUUCGGCAAAUUUGAAGUUAUGUUAAUGUACACGGGUACUUGUCUUCAUAGGCCAGGACAUUUAGCAGUCAGCUCGGGCUAGCUUCGUGCUAGUUACGCCAACUUACUUGCAUUGCAACCACGUUCACCACACUUAAUCAAAUUUAGUUGUUUAUAACGACAUAAAGACGCCACAGAGAGCCUCGGAGAAUGCUUGCAACGGGAGCGGCUGUAUCUAAUGUCACAGCCCUGGCUCAGGUAGACCGGGAAAAGAUCUAUCAGUGGAUCAAUGAGUUGUCCAGCCCAGAGACCAGAGAGAAUGCCCUGCUGGAGCUCAGCAAGAAACGCGAAUCUGUGCCAGACUUGGCACCGAUGCUUUGGCAUUCCUGUGGCACUAUCGCUGCUCUCCUGCAGGAAAUAGUGAACAUCUAUCCAUCCAUUAACCCACCGACACUCACAGCACAUCAGUCUAACCGAGUGUGCAAUGCCUUGGCACUCCUGCAGUGUGUUGCCUCACACCCAGAGACACGGUCGGCUUUCCUCGCAGCCCACAUUCCCCUUUUCCUUUAUCCCUUUUUGCACACUGUGAGCAAAACGCGCCCAUUUGAGUACCUGCGCCUCACCAGCCUUGGAGUCAUAGGUAUGCUCUCCUCUCAUUGUAUUAUGAAACGAGUUUUUAUCAUUCAAAGUGUGCGUGUACAGGUGUUAAGAUGUCUGUUUGUACUUAAUGCAGGUGCCUUGGUCAAAACGGAUGAACAAGAAGUGAUUAACUUUCUUCUCACAACUGAAAUCAUCCCGCUUUGUCUCCGCAUUAUGGAAUCAGGAAGUGAGCUCUCUAAGACGGUUGCUACCUUCAUACUGCAGAAGAUACUGCUUGAUGACACAGGGCUGGCUUACAUAUGCCAGACUUAUGAGCGUUUCUCCCAUGUGGCAAUGAUCCUUGGUAAAAUGGUGCUGCAGCUCUCCAAAGAACCAUCAGCUCGGCUGCUGAAGCACGUUGUCCGCUGCUACCUUCGCCUUUCAGAUAAUCUCAGAGCCAGAGAGGCACUCCGUCAGUGUCUACCCGACCAGCUGAAGGACAGCACCUUCGCCCAGGUGCUGAAGGAUGACACCACCACCAAACGCUGGCUGGCUCAGCUGGUCAAAAACCUGCAGGAGGGCCAAGUGACCGACGCCCGGGGCAUCCCGCUGGCCCCGCAGUGAAGAAGCAUGAAUUCACAGGAGACACAAAUGGACUUGAAUUUGUAUUCUGUCACAUGUGGUGCUAAGACUGAAAAGUAAACAACAUGAUGGAAGAAGAUAUUUUUGCUUUUGGGUCAUUUAUUUUUCCACAUCUUCUUCUUUAUAGGAACCCAGACUGUAGGAUUUCUGAAACUUUUGUGAAUAUUUGAAAAUCCAAUAAUGAUACAUUGGCUGAUGUUUUCCUUGAAACAGGUUGAUAAAGAAAUGUUUAGGUAGGAUAUUUUGCGGUUUAAAAAAAGGAAAACGGUAACACUCCUGCAUUUUUGUUAAACAGUGAAAUUAACUGACAUUUCCUUUUUAGAAAGUAAAUAAAUAUGCAUUAAAAUGCAUUCCGUUUUAUAUGAAACAACAGACAAACUAAUAUUAAAAUGUGUCUACUGCUGCAGUAACUACAAAUACAUUUCGCCAUGAUUAUCACCACACAGAUUACAGGUAAAUUAAAAUAAGAUGGUACUCGCUGUAAAUAUCCUCUUGCUAUCACUGGAUCCUACAGUUACAUCCCACAUUACAUACAUACUCUUGUUUGUUGUGUUUCUAAUGGGACUACUUAUGUCUCUUUCCAGAUGUGCACACUGGUAUGUGCAGCAGUUUAGUAAUACAGUGAUAUUCUGUACAUUUGCUGGCACAUUUGUGUAAAGAAAAAAAAAAGAUUUCUGUUCUGAAUAAAUCUGAGCUGGACUGCACUUGUUGGCAAUAUUUCACAAAUAAACAAUUUUACACUGAA